GACAAAUUCUCCGAUAUGGACUACCCAUUUUGUGUUUAAAACUGAAAUCUCUUACCCACAAGAAAAUCGAUGACAUUAGUUGUAAUUAAUUAUGACUAAUCAGGACCACCAUAUUUUUGUCUCUCCAUUGCUAUAUAUAGAGCAUCCAUGUUAACCUUUUUUUGUACCAAAACUCCAUCUACAUCUACUCUCUCCCUUUAUUAUUUUAGAGACAUUUUAAUCUCUUUGUUUUUGCAACAAUGGGCUCAAAUUCAACAUGGACUUGGGAGCAAGACAAGAAGUUUGAGAAUGCAUUGGCUAUUUAUGAAGAGGACACACCAGAUAGGUGGCGCAAUGUGGCUAAGGCCUGUGGCAAGACUGAGGAAGAAGUGAAACUGCACUAUGAAAUACUUGUGGAAGAUAUCAAAAACAUUGAGUCUGGUAAAGUUCCUUUGCCCAAAUAUAGCAAGGCAAGUGCUGGCUACAAGAGCAAGGGCUACAACAGCAAGGAUGCAUCACGAAGGCUGAGGAAUCUCAAGCUCGAUUAGAAGCAAUAAAUGGCAAAGAAGACGGUGAAACUCAAGUGCAGCAAACAAAUAACAAAAGAAGGAUAUUUAGCUGAAAAUGCACAACACCAUUUAUUUUCAUUUAGUUUUUCAAUGGAUAUUUUUAUAUAAGCAAAUUUAUGUACUAUGUUUCUUGAA